AAACAACACCAGAUACAGCCAUAGAAACAACUACAUGUUCAAUGACAACAACAACUACAAGCAGUCCAACCACAACAACAACAACAACAACAACCACAACAACAACCACAACAACAAGUCCACCAACCACAACCACAAGCCAUCCAACAACUACAAGUUCAACAACCACAUCAACAACACCAACAUCAACAACUUCCACAUAUAUAACCAUUACCUCAACAUCAGGGACAACUACUUCUCCAGUAUCUACAACAUCAGCGACUACAUCUUCCACAACAACUACAUCUACUACAACUACAUUAUCUACAACAACCUCAGCCACAAGCAGAACGACCACCACAUCAGAACCAACCACUUCCUCAACUGUAUCAACUUCGACUACUCCAUUUUCAACUAUUAUAACAUCAACAACAUGUUUUUGCCAAGUAGGGACAGCCAUAUAUUCUAUUGGUGAACGCCUCUAUACGAUUAUGGACAAGGAUGGCUGUGAAUAUUAUGCAUUAUGCAAUGAUACCUGCCAAACACAAAGAUAUGUUGGAAAGUGUACCACUACAACUGUCAGUCCACCCACUACAACAACUACAGGUUUCACACCAACAACAACUUGUCUUAUGUGGAUGCCAACUGAAUCAUACA